UAUUCGACAAAGUUGGCAAGUGUCUGUCAGUGUGUGAGUGCGGAGUUUCAGGGAUGUGCGGGUGAUAUGGAUGGAGCUCCUUCAGGGAAGAUGGGCAAGUUCUCGCCGACCGGUAAGAAGAAAAAAGAGCGAUGGCUCCUCACCAGGAAGACGUGGAGAUACAUGGCCGACGCCGGGAGGAGGCUCAUCCCGGAAGGCCACCCGAUCCGUGGACCGGAGGAUUUGCCGAAAAUCGAAGCUUACUUCCAGGAGGUGUGUAGCAAAGAGUCGAAGUUUCUGCUCUGGAGGAAACAGUCUUAUCCCGGCGCCAUGGUCAUGAGAAGAGGCCGGAGAAGGAAGAAAGGAGGCAGCUAUAGAGAGAAGACUUGGUCGGCCGACGAAGCCGAAGAAAUCAAGAAAGAUCUUGAACAGCCGUCGACUUCAAGCUCUUCGAGCAGGUUGGAUCUUCCUAGGAUGAAGGAGGAGUUUCUUUUCGGUAAACCCAAAGAGGACGAAGAAUUAAUAAGUACUCUUAAAAAUUUCCUCUACGGGUCUUUAGACAUACAGAUCCUGUUUGAUAAGCUCAAAGAACAAUUCGAUCAUAUUUCAUCCAGGAGACCUGUGAUAACGCCGGAGCGACAUGUGGACACGAGCCUGUUGGAAAUUCUAAGGAGGUACUACUCAAAAUCGACUAACAGGGAAAAAGUUAUAAGCGAUUUGCUGACCGACAGGAAGAAAUUAGAAAGACUGUAUUUCGAGCUAAGAAAAUCUCGGGGGUUUACUGUAAGAAUGAAAGGAUGGCUUCCGAAAUCCGAAGAAGAAGAGGAGGAGGAAGAAGAGGACACCGCAGAAUCCUCCACGGCGCCUAAUUCUCCGCUCGUCGUCGAACCCGAACGCAUCACGUCUCUAGGUACUCAAACUCGGUCGAUACCGCCCCAAUCCUGGGCUGUGAUAAACGAGGAAGUGAAGAAAGUCAGGGCGAAAGAAGCGGAAACCGCGGAGAAAGAGGCGAAAUUCAUGGCGGCAGGUGGCAGGAGGAGUUCUGUCGAUAACGACGAUGUAUCUCCUUCAGUGAGUGACACUAUCAAAAGGUAUUUGCGUAUGGCGAGGAAAAAGAGCGUCGACUCGGACAAAGCCGACCGUUUCAAGCGUGUCAACUACGACAGGAAUCUGCGUAACAUCAAGGGUAAAGGGGAACCGUCGAUAUCGGAAGACGACGGGACCGACAAAUCCGCACAGACGGACGAGAGUUGGAUCGUCGCUCUCCGGGAUCUGAAGAUCGAGACGACGGAGAUCGACUACCCUAGCUCCAGGUCUAGCCUGACAGAGGGGACCGUCUCCCCGACCUCGCCGACUUCCAAGUCCUUCUUGUCCUCCGGCCAGACAUUCCUCACAAACUUACUACAUGGCCUACAGGACAAAUCUGCCCCUGUUCCAGGAGGUGGCGGGACGAUGCACAAAUCCAAGAGUUCGACGAGCGUCGUGCCUGGAAGCAGGCUCGUCUCGAAGAAGAUCUGGAAAUCCAGGUCUAAGAGUCAAAGCCGCGCCACCCCUUCCGCAACAUCAGUAUGGACCCCACAGGGUAGAUGCGUUUGGAGUAACGUGAGCGGGCGGAGUGUUACGCUGACGGAGACAACGCUGCAGCAGUUGACGGAAAUUGAAAGGAGGAUCCUGCAGAAGGUCGCCUUGGCCAAGCUGCAAGCGUUGAACCUAGGGGUCACUGUGAAAAUACCUUCAGAAAGCCCCCAGCCGUCGGCCGUCGUCCAGAAGCCGAAAAGGAAAGCUUAUCUCUUGAAGAGGAAAGCGAUCACGACGGGCUUUUUCGACUCGAGCCACAAGGACAAAGGCAGCAGCACGGAAAGCUGUUCCGGGAACGGUGGCGGCACUGUGUUCGGCAUACCUUUGGAGCAGUGCGUCGAAAAUGAGAGGGCGAAGACAAAUCAGCUUUCCCCAGAAGAACCCCUCCUCGAGCUCAGGAGGAAAUCGCACCAUGGAAGCAGAGGCAGCUUCAGCUCUCUCAUCGAACCCAGACCCGACGAGAGAGGUUCAUGUGAGAGCCUGAUAUGUCCAACUUUAAGUAUGCCUGGUCUAGACAACAUAUCAUGUGGUUCUGCGAACAACAUUUGUUCCGGUAGUGAUGCCCCGAGGGUUCCUUACCUAGUGUCAUCGUGUCUUAACCACUUAGCAUUGCGGGGGCUCAACACCCUGGGAAUUUUUAGGGUGUCGAGCUCAAAAAAACGAGUGAGGCAGCUGAGGGAGGACUUCGACUGUGGGAAAGAGAUGAACCUCGAAAAUGAAAUGAGCCCCCAUGAUGUUGCCACCCUUCUGAAGGAGUACUUCAGAGAUCUGCCAGACCCACUGCUCUGUAAGGACCUCUACGCAGCCUUCAUCCAAACACAAAGAAUAAGGAAUCGUAGAUUACAACAUGAAGCAUUGCAACAUUUAGUUCAACUCCUUCCAGUUGCAAAUAGAGACACGUUGUAUUCUUUGCUUUCAUUCCUAGCAUUAGUUGCUGGGAAUUGUGAUGACCACAGGAACAACGAAGGUGAGUGGAUUGCAGGGAACAAAAUGGACAGCAAUAAUUUAGCAACUCUCUUCGCCCCCAACAUCCUGCAUCCUUGUACCAAAAGGCCGGCGAAAGAGGAGAUGAGCCAAGAAAGGAUGGAAGAGCGAAGUGAUUCAAUAAAUGUUAUUCGCUGCCUCAUUGAUAACUAUAGAUCAUUGUACCAGGUUUCAGCUGAACUGUUGGAUGAAGUAUAUGUCCAUAUGAUGGAUUCACACCCAGAACUGCUGGACCAAAUAAUGAGGAAAAAAGAUAUUAGUUUGUACGAGCAAGAAGAUAGCAAUGUGGAUAGCAAUUUAGAUGAGGAAAGGAAGUAUUGGAGUAGGGAAUCAUGCACUCAUGAGAUGGCGGCAACAGGUGGACCUGAUGUUGCUAUGAGGCCGAGGAAAUUAGAAAGGGGAAGAGAGAGGACAUCGAAAAAGAGGAGGGAUGAAAUAGUUAUUAGAAAAAGAUCUGUGCCCUCGGGUUCUGGUGGUGAAUCAGCGAGCUCUUCCAGGAGGGCUUCAGACGAGAAACGAAUUUCAUCCAGCGACUCUGACCAUUUAAGCCCACAAGACAAUCAUAGCGAUGGUGUGAUCACGGCAAGUCUGAAAAUCCCUGUACCUGCUGUAACAUCCUUUUCAUUGAAUCUUGAUGACAUACCGUAUAUUGAGGAUAAUGAAAGGCAACAAAUCACCUUAGGCUUAAUGAAAUGUGGUGGAGGAAAUACAUCUGAGAGUGGCAUCGGAUCUUUUUCUCCACCGACACGACCACCUUCUGUAACUUCUUCAUGGGGUUCCACUUCACCAGAAACAGAACCAACUCUAGGCUCAUUGAGUUUCCCGACUUCUCGGCAAGAAGCACUGAAAGUUACAAUUUGUACUACACCUCAGGUUCAUCCUGGCUACACAAGAAGUGAUGUGCAGACAGGAAGACACAUAGCAUCAUAUAGCAGGUUGCUGUCUGUAGAUAGGAUAUCGAAAUCGGCGAGUUCUUCCUCAAUGAGUAGCAAUGCACCGAUACCCACAUCUAUUUCUUCAAUCGGAGGAGCAGUCCUUAGGUCAAAAACGGCUGAUAUUGAGCGUAUGCUGAGAUUGAGCGGAUCUUCAUCUGGGACGUCCAUUGUUUCCCACUCGGAUAAAGAGUACAGAAGGCGUCACAGCCAAACGAGGGAAGAAAGCAAAGCCGAAAGUCAAGCAACAUCUAGGUCCGAAUCAAGAGGAGGAAUUUGGAAAAGAAGAGAAAUAAUUUCUUCCGAACCGAAGGAAAGGAGAAACCUGUACUAGGAAGAAAGAAGAAAACCAAUCACCAACCCUGCAGAUGAAUGUGCAAAUAAAAAUUGUUAUGAGGAACUAUAGAUUAGGCUUCAUACCAAGUUGGACAAACACAUCGGCCCAGAAGAAUCGGACCUUCUCAAAUAUCCAUUCCUUUUGUAAAAGAAACAUGGGUAUACUGCAUGUGAACUCACAAAAAAAUUUAAUAUAGAAAACAAAUCUCAGUUUUUAUAUUUAAAUCAGAAAAUAUAAUUAAGACGGCAACAAAUGAUUAAAAUUAUUUUAUUUCUAAUUGUAUUUGUAUUUUGUGAAAAUCUAUGUGAAGAAUUUGACAGUACUGAGAAAAUCUAGUCAACAUGACCAAAAGAUUUUAUUAAUUAUCGGAAUAAUAAUAAAUACGAUUUUAUUAUCCCAUUGUAUAUAUAAGUAUGUACUUCAUUUUUAUUACUUAUUUACUGAUAUUUUAUUUGAUAAAUUGUUUUUUAAAUCUGAAAAAAAAAUUCAAUCCACAUAAUAUGAAAGAAAU